AUGUCUAACUGUGCCGUUGCUGUUCUCCGUGGUGAUGAUGUCUGUGGAACUAUUUGGAUCAAGCAGACCUCUGAGGACAAACCUGCCGAGAUAACCGGUGAGAUCAAAGGACUUACUCCAGGUCGUCAUGGGUUCCAUAUUCAUCAGUAUGGAGACUCCACCAAUGGAUGUACUUCUGCUGGGCCACACUUCAAUCCAACUCAGAAAACCCACGGAGGACCAUGUUGUGAUAAUCGCCAUUACGGAGAUUUGGGCAAUGUGGAGGCAGGCGGAGAUGGAGUUGCUAAAGUGAACAUAACUGACAAACUGGUCACUUUGUAUGGAAAGAACUCGGUUAUUGGACGCUCAAUGGUUGUUCAUGCCGAUGAGGAUGAUCUUGGCAAGGGAGUCGGUGAGAAGGCAGAGGAAUCCAAGAAGACUGGAAACGCAGGUGCGCGUAAAGCCUGUGGCGUUAUCGCUCUUGCUGCUCCACAAUAA